UGUCACAGGGUGGCUCCAUUUUCCAUUUGAGCUCAAAUAUUUUGCUGCUUCCUCUGCAGCUGCCAGACCUGCUCGUGCUGCUGCUCAGGGAGAGCGACUGGUAGGUCCCUUGCUGACGACUGGAAGAAGAUGAGCUCGAGCUAUUGGAGUGAGACCAGCAGCAGCAGCUGUGGAACCCAGCAGCUCCCAGAGGUGCUGCAGUGCCAGCCCCAGCAUUAUCACUGCUACCAUCAGUCUAGCCAAGCCCAGCAGCCUCCAGAAAAAAAUGUAGUGUAUGAGCGAGUGAGGACCUACAGUGGGCCCAUGAACAAGGUGGUGCAGGCCUUGGACCCCUUCAACUCAAGGGAAGUGCUCUCCCCUCUCAAAACUGCCUCCUCCUACCAAAAUUUGGUUUGGAGCGACCACUCUCAGGAACUCCAUUCUCCAACUUUAAAAAUAUCUACAUGCGCCCCAAGCACUCUACAUAUAAGCCAAAGUACUGAACAGGAACUUCAUUCUCCAACAGUGAAAGUUACUACAUAUCCACAGACCACUAUUAGGAAAUAUGUAGUACAAAAUCCUGAACAGGAACCACUGUCUCAAUUCUUAAGAGGAGGCCAUUUUUUCCCAGGAAACAACGUUAUUUAUGAAAAAACAAUAAGAAAAGUGGAGAAGCUGAAUACUGAUCAGGAAUGCCAUCCUCAGGUUCAAUGCCAUCAUCACAUUGUCCAACAACCCCAAGUCAUCCACUCUUCACACUGGCAACAACCUGAUUCUAGCCAGCAAAUUCAAACCAUCACAGGAAACAAUUCAAUUUCUACACAUGUUGGAAAUAAACUGUGCCAUAGUGGAUCAAGCCAGAUUCAUGAGCAGGUGAUAAUUCAGGAUGAUGGUCCUGAAAAAUUGGACCCCAGAUAUUUUGGAGAGUUGCUGGCUGAUCUGAGCCGUAAGAAUACGGAUCUAUAUCACUGCUUAUUGGAACAUUUGCAGAGAAUUGGAGGAAGCAAACAGGACUUUGAGUCGACAGAUGAGUCAGAAGACAUUGAAUCAUUGAUUCCUAAAGGAUUGUCAGAGUUUACAAAACAGCAGAUUCGCUAUAUUCUGCAGAUGAGGGGUAUGUCUGAUAAGUCACUCCGGUUAGUGCUGUCCACAUUUAGCAACAUACGGGAGGAGCUUGGACAUCUUCAAAAUGACUUGACAUCUCUGGAAAAUGACAAGAUGAGACUUGAGAAAGACUUAUCAUUCAAAGAUACUCAAAUAAAAGAGUACGAAGAACUCUUGGCAUCAGUGAGAGCAAAUAAUCAGCAGCAGCAGCAAGGACUUCAAGACUCAAGUUCAAAAUGCCAGGCAUUGGAAGAAAACAAUCUCUCUCUUCGACAUACACUUUCAGACAUGGAAUACAGACUAAAAGAACUGGAAUAUUGUAAACGUAAUUUAGAGCAAGAGAAUCAAAACCUUAGAAUUCAGGUUUCUGAGACUUGCACAGGGCCAAUGCUGCAGGCUAAAAUGGAUGAGAUUGGCAACCAUUACACGGAGAUGGUAAAAAACUUGAGAAUGGAGAAAGAUAGAGAGAUCUGCAGACUGAGGUCCCAAUUAAACCAGUACCAGAAAGAUGUUUCAAAGAGAGACGGAAGUUGUAGUGACUUCCAAUUUAAGCUUCAUGAACUGACAAGCUUGCUGGAAGAGAAGGAUUCUCUUAUAAAGCGUCAGUCAGAGGAACUCUCAAAGUUGCGGCAAGAAAUAUACUCAUCUCAUAACCAACCCUCCACUGGUGGAAGGACUACUAUUACCACUAAAAAGUACAGGACACAAUAUCCAAUUCUAGGCCUCCUGUAUGACGACUAUGAAUAUAUACCACCAGGUAGUGAAACACAGACUAUUGUGAUUGAGAAAACAGAAGACAAAUACACUUGUCCAUGAAUGGAUCCACUUUAAAGUAUUACUACUCAAAGGUGUUUUUGUGUGUGUGUGUGUAUCUGCAUUAGUACUUUGUUAUUUUCCCAUCACUAAAGGCCAAUCAGAAUUUGGAGCCAUGCUGUCGUUCAAGAAAUCUAACGGAAUGAAUUAGUUCUGUAUAUGAGAGUUUCUUCAACCAUUUAGGAGACCUAAAUCUUUUCCAUAACACUUAGGUAUUCAGUACAACAACAAACUAACUGAAAGAGGGAUCUCCUUGUUUAAAGUUUGAUUGCAAACACUGUAGACCAUAACUCACUAUUUUUCAGAUAGGGUGCCUCUUAGAUAUAAAACUAAUUUGUUGGGAAAGAUAUUUUACAAAUUAUGCCAUUAGAUUUUCUCUGAUAUUAUAUGUGCAGUUCAGUUACAAUAUGGAAUCACGUUUUUUUAACAAAAAAGAUAAAAUACAUAGAAGUAAAAAAAUAGCUAGUGUAUAAUAUAUACAGUCUAAAUUUGCUUUUCACACUAGGCCUUGUGACUAAAAGAUAUGCUUCAUUGCAUGCUAUUUUCACCUCUUGGAGAUAUAGCUAAGUCAAAGGUGACGAUUAAUUUCAUUUAGCAGGGAAGUGGAAUGUUAUAUUUUGAAACAACUAAAUCUACUACAUUACACAUUAUGCUAUUCUGGUUCUAAGUACAUAUUAGUGCUUUAGUAAAUCUGUUCUUUCAAAGCAUACCUUCCACAAAUAAGCCUAUCUACUUCUUAAAACUCAUACAACACAAUAUGGUAGUAGUAGGCGGAAGGAAGGUAAGCUUUUUCAUGGUGGUAUGUAAACAUAUCAUUGAAAUGUUACAUAGAUAUAAAGGCUUAGGGAAUAAAAAUAGCAACAACAAAUACUUGAUAGAUUUAUCCUACUUGGGAGAAAUAUUUUGUAGCAGAGUAUUUAGUAUACUUAGAAGUUAGUUGAACAAUUGGGCUUUAAUGACCUUACAAAGUGAACAUAAGUGAACAUAAGUAUUUUUUUCAAUGCAAGAUGAGGACGAACAUUUUAAAUUUCAACACAUCUGACUAAAGUUAAGACUUAGUAAAAUUUAAAAUGUUGCCUUUGUCCAAGUAUAGAUUAAGGCAACAAACAUAUUUGGGUUAUAUAAUUUGAAAUUUUGCACUGAAAUAUCUUUGUAUAUAUCCACAUAAAAUUCUGUAAUGCCUUAUAAUUAUAUUUUAAUAUGCAUUAUACUAAGAAACUAUUAAGAACAGCUGAGGCACUACAGUAAAUCAAACCAUAAAUGAGGAAAAUACUUUUAAUGUCUUUUUCUAGAAAUAUUCAAAUGGUCUUGAUAUAAAGCUAGAGGCCUUAUUUAUAUUAUCUUAAUAUUUUGGCUAAAAUGUUAAGCUCCAUAACAUGAAUUAAUACAAUUCAAAUUUUAUCAAUA